AGAUUAAUGCAUGGGCUGUUUCUGUACGAAAGAAAGCUUCUCUAUCCACGGAAAAACUUUCGAGAAUGUAAACCGAAUUGCAGAAGGGAAAGGGCUUCAGUGUCGUAGAUUUGAUGGUAGAUAAGUCAAGCAGGGAAAAGAAGUUGUACGCAGUAAAACGAAUCUUGACCCGAACCGUCGAAGAUGAAAAAGCAGUUUUAGAGGAGGUCAAAUUUCAUCGGUUGAUAAAUCACCCCAACUUAAUCAAGUUAGUGGACUCAACAGUGAUCAAUCCCUCCUCGUCUCAAGCGGAGUAUUUUCUGGUGCUGCCUUUUUUCAAGAAUGGAUCUUUAGAAGAUGCCUUGAAGGCGAACCAGAUACAUGGCACCAGACUCUCACACCUGAAGGUCCUCAAACUAUUUGCAGGCAUCUGCAGUGGCGUGGACUACCUCCACAGGCACGAGAGUGGAGCGAUAUGUCACAGAGACCUGAAGUGUGCCAACAUCCUCAUGACCGGCAAGGACAGUGGACCUGUGAUCAUGGACUUCGGGUCCAUGACCACUGCACCAAUACAUGUCACAAAUCGGACACAGGCCAUGACCAUUCAGGAUGACGCAGCUGAAAAGUGCAGUAUAUUGUACAGAGCCCCUGAGUUGUUCAACGUCGAAGUGGGGUCAGUUAUCGACACUGCCAUUGAUAUAUGGAGUCUGGGGUGCAUUCUGUUUGCUCUGAUGUAUUUUGAAAACCCAUUCGAGAAGUGCUUCACAAGGGGAGACAGUGUGGCUCUGGCGGCCAUGGGAUGCAAUGUCAGAAUACCCAAAGAGUCAGAAUUCCCGGCUUUCUUAAACGACCUCAUCUUCGUUCUAAUGGCAGUAGAGCCGUCGAAUAGGCCUUGCGCGGCAACAGUCUUACAACAGAUCAGGUCACAUCAAGAACAGAUCAAAAGCACGCGCAACAGUGGCGAAAACAUAUCAAAUUCUAACGGACAAGGUAGUAGUAAAGUCAUCGUGGAAAGAACUGAGUUUGUCUCGUUUGAAAAAGGAGAUAUAGUUUGAAUUAAAUGCAGUGAAAAACUUGAAAUGUUGCUCAGCUUGUUUUUAAAUUUAGCAAGUUUGUAAGUUUUUUUAUGGCUGUUUUAUGUAAAUUUUGGGUUUGCGACAUAUUUCUUGCUUCUAUUCUGAUAAUCUGCAAGAAUUUCAUACUGCAAAAAUUAUAUUUAUUAAAUAUAUAUUUUAAAUCAAAACUAUGUUUCAAUAAAAUGUCGCCAUGUGAUCA